AUGGUGGAACGACCUACGCAUUUUCUGUCGAUACCCCUCAGCCAAGCACAUCCUAUUCUUCGUGCAAGAGUUGCCGAUCUCCUUCCCGCACCAGACUCUAAGUACGCUGCUCGCAGGUCCUCAAUGCAUCCACCUUAUUCUUCCCUCACUCCCGAGACCCUCCCAAUUGCACUCAAUCUCCUGCACUGCCCGACGCUCCUUCCAAUCAUAGACCCACCUCCGACCAUCACUCUCGACACCCUCGAUGUCCUCAGAAGGGAAUCCUGUCUUUUUGCCCACGUUUUAUGGGUCGGUCCAUCCAUCUCGUCCCGAGCGUUUGUUCAGCCGAUCAAUGAGAUCUUCCGUGAUGAGGGCUUCAUAACGGAUACGCGUCUCCUGAAGCUGCACAUGACGCUCAUGAACAACUUUGAGGACGAUGUGUACGGAAAGCUAUAUCCUGGAGGCUACGGUUCAAAGGAGGGUCGAGACGAUGCCUCUGAUUAUCUUCGUCACCCUCUCAGUCCUUACUCUCGAGGAGGCCGUGUUACCAUGAGGUUACGAUUCAAGCCUGUCCCGCCAUCGCAGCUCUUAUCCUCAAGGACAGCUCUGCAAUUAUCAUAUCCACACGAAGUUCUGAGUAAACCACUCGCGACAGCUAUGCGUCAAGCCCAGAUUAUGACUCCCUCCAUGCUUGACGAUAACAUCGUUCUCGUAGUUAUGGUUCUUGUGAGGUGUCGUUUAUACUUGGAAUAUUCAACAUUAGUUCUAGACCUACCUUGGGUAGUCACCGAGAAUAAGAGUUGGAUUCGAGCAGGGUUCGAUUCCCUUGCUUACCAGCUGUUUCCUAGGGGUACUAGUUUAAAUUGGGUGAUGCACGCGGUCUACGAGAAUAACAGCAAAAAGGUAAAAAGUGAAAUUACAGCUGCUCCAGGCCUGGUUCUGACAUGGGCUCGCUCGCAAGGGAAGAUCACAACAAUCUAG